AUGCAGUCGACAGGCGCGAAAGAGGUAUUCCUCUGCGGAAGUUCCCAUCCAACGGGUGGGGACGGGAUCAGAGCUCUGCAUGUGAUGAGUACUCGUGCAACCACGGAAAGAGAUGAAAAUGGCAGCGAACAUAAGGCUUACAACAUGUUGUGCGUCAUGAGAGGAGACAAUGAAAUCUGCUGGAACGUGAAGCGAAGGUUUAAUGAUUUUGUUACUUUGCAUAGUCGUCUUUCUCGAUAUGGCCAAGUCAAGGCCGAGCUUCCCGCAAAGAUUCCGUUUUCUAUGUUUUUGAAUGUGACAAGAACGAGAGAGACUGGGUUGCACACGUACAUCAACACAGUACUGGGACAUUGCAAUGACAAGCAAUGUACAGCUCUCACCAAGUUUCUACAAGUGAACAAGCAUAUUCAUCGCUUGUAUGCGGACAAGGCGCCUCUCGAGCAGAAUUCAAACAAUCAUCAUCAUGGGGAACUCGACCUUGAGCAAGAGAGAGUUUCGAGAUGCGAGGAAGUCCAUUCACCAGGGGUUAGCAGGCAAAGAUCGAGGAGUUUACCUCGUGAGGGGAACACCAUGAUUGUGCGAGGGGUGCCGAGAUCGUCACUGCAGAUGCAAUACUCUAGGGAUGACAUGUUCAUCAACUCAAGAUAUCGGAAUUCAGCUGACAAGAAUGGAGAAGAAUUGGAGGAAGAGAUGCAAAUGGCAAGGCCGAGAGAAAGUGGGAAUGGUGACGAGAAUGCCAGAGACAGCUAUGGAGAGGUCAGGAAACCACUUACAAAAGCAGAAAGGAUCUGUCAGGAAACUCUUCGUUUGCAGUGGGAGAUUCUUGACAAAAUCAAGCAAAGACGACGAGCAAACGACGUCGUGCACAAUGAUAUGGAGCUGAGUGAGAGGGCUGGGGUUGGGCUGUUCUUCAUCCAGCCCGAAAAUGGACUCUGCAUUGUUGAUGAGAUCGUCGUGGGGAGCCCAGCUUCGAAGUGUGGGAAGAUUGAAAUCGGGGAUGUCCUGCUCAAGGUAGAUGGGGAGCUGGUGGAUGGAUUGUCUCUCGACGACGUUCGCAAGAAGAUCGUGGGACGUGCAGGUUCCUUGGUCAGGUUGGAGUUUGAGAGAGCUUUCGUCACAGACUACGACAGUGAGGACAUAGAGUCUUGUGCAGACGAAGUCAGCGCCUAUCAUGUCUUUCUGGCGAGGCAGCAACUUCCGUUGGGGGAUGCCUGCGAUGAACAGGUUGCCGAGUCCUCAGACUGUGGGAGACGCGGGCGUGAGGAUCCACCAACAGUCGAGGUGGAGCAGAAGUCAAGGAAUGGCGAGCCUGCCUCGGAGAGGCGGGUGCCUGAGCCGAAGGCGAUGCGGACGUGCGCGAAUGUCGGAGGCUUCUCGGUGAAGAGCUCGAAUGCCAGGGGAUGUUUCUCUCUUCACUUCAUGCAGACUUCGGACCAGCGAGCGAAGAAAUCGGCGAUGAACCGACCACAGGAGAUGAACGAGACGGUUUCGAAGCGGCUGUCCGGAGGGAGCAGCUCUUCAACUCAGUCUCUGUCUCAUCGCUCGACAGUCCUGGCGAGCCAUUCGACCUCGUCGGAGUCUGUGCUGUCAGAAAGAGGUCAGGCCUCUCCGUCGUCCGGGUCAUCAGAAGCUCCUGCUUUCUCCUCGAAAGGGGUUGAGAGCUUCUCCGUGGAAGAAGUUGUCAAUUGGCUCGCAGAGCUGGAACUGAAAGAAUACUGCGAUGCUUUCAAGCAGAACAGGAUCGAUGGGGAGAUGCUCAUGGAGCUGAAUGAGCACGAUCUUCUCAACGACUUCGGCAUGAAGAACAAGUAUCACAGGAGGAGACUUUUGAGGAAGUUGCAUACAAGUAGACUGUGUGCGAUCUAG